AUGGCGGGGCAGACCCGCCCCCUGGCGCGGCGCGCCGUGGCCCUGGCCCCCAGCCAUGGCAGGGCGAGGUGGCCCCGGCGCGGCUACUCCCCGGCAAGGGCGUGGCUCGAUGGGUCCUCGGCGCACGGCGGCUCCACCGGCGCGAGCGGCUGCUCCCCCGGCGCCGCGGCGCUCGGGCGGGGUGGACUCCAACGCCGUCGCGGCUACAACAUGGCAUGGGGAAUCAAGAGCAGCUGCUUCCAAUUGAGGGAAGAUGCAGACAUCUUUGGUAUGCUUCAUGAUGGACAGGCUGCUUUCUGUUGUCCUGCAGACGAGAGGAAGGCUAAGGAAACUGGACAUAAUGGUUUAUCUGCUGCUCAAGUUCAUAGCAGCAUCAAAUAUGGAUACAUUUUCCAAUCCAACAAUUUCAGGGACUUCCGAUCCUCUUUAUACCAACAAGAUUUAGGCCAUGGUGUCUUCGUUUUGGAUGGAAACAUUGUCAUAUAUUACCUAACCGUCAUUGCUAUUCUUUGCAACCUGCAUACUGGGAUUCUUUAA